AUGGAGCAGCAAGUCCACAAGCCGCACCGCAAGUCCAAGGAGAAGAAGCAGAAGCACACGGGGGACCACAACCCCAAGGCUUUUGCCUUUUCCAAGCCGGGCAAGCUAGCGAAAACUGCCGCGCGGUCGCAAGAUAUCAAAGAACGGCGCUUCCAUGUCCCCCAGGUCGACCGCCUCCCCGAUGAGGCCCCCCCGCGGCUCGUGGCCAUCGUCGGCCCCCCCGGCGUCGGAAAGACGACUCUCCUUAAGUCCCUGAUCCGACGAUAUGCGAAAGAGACCAUCUCGGACCCCCAAGGUCCCAUCACCGUCGUCACGUCCAAGAAGCAGCGCCUGACGUUCAUCGAGUGCCCCAACGAGCUCGAAGCCAUGGUCGACAUCGCCAAGGUCGCCGACAUUGUCCUCCUCAUGAUUGACGGCAACUACGGCUUCGAGAUGGAGACGAUGGAGUUCCUCAACGUCCUGGCCUCGACGGGCAUGCCGGGCAACGUCUUUGGCAUCCUCACACAUCUCGAUCUGUUCCGCAAGCCGCAGGCGCUCAAGGACGCAAAGAAGCGGCUGAAGCGCCGGCUCUGGACGGAGCUGUACCAAGGCGCGCAUCUGUUUUAUCUUUCUGGUGUCAUGAACGGCCGAUACCCCGAUCGCGAAAUCCACAACCUCUCGCGCUUCCUCUCCGUCAUGAAGAACCCGCGUCCCCUCAUCUGGCGCAACUCUCACCCAUACACCAUCAUCGACAGCUUCCGCGACAUCACUCACCCUGCCAACAUCGAGAAAGACCCGAAGUGCGAUCGGUCCAUUGUUCUGUCGGGGUACUUGCGCGGCACGAAUUUUGCGGCACAAGAUCAGCGUGUCCAUGUCCCUGGACUGGGUGACUUUACCGUCGCGAACAUGGAGGUGCUUCCGGAUCCGUGCCCCACACCCGCCAUGGAGCAGGCGCUCGCCAAAAUCACAGGCAAGACUGGGCGCAGGAGACUGGACGAGAAGGAGAAGAAGCUCCACGCUCCCAUGUCGGACCGAAGCGGCCUGAAGAUCGAUGGCGACGCAAUCUGGAUCACAAGAGAGAAGGGCUUCAACUUCGACAAGGACAACGAUGACGAAGAGCGUGGCGAAGGCGAGGAGAUGAUUGUGGGACUUCAAGCCGAGCGGAAGCUCCUGGGUCAGACGGACGAAGGCGUGCAGCUGUUUUCUGGCGGCGAGAAGCUGAAAACCAUCGCCGAGGAGGAAGACACGGGCAGGAAAUCUCAAAGAAAGGCGCGAUUUGCGGACCGGGAAGAAGACGACGACGAAGAUGCCGAGGAUGACGAGGGCUUUGUCAGCGGCAGCGGCGACGAGGGCUCAGACGUCGAUGACGACGAGUUCAGCGAAGCCAAGGUCGGCAAGCUCUUUCGCAAGGAUGCCGAAAAGGCUGAUGGCGACGAAGACAUCGCCUUUGCGGACAGCGACUCUGACUUGGGCUCAAUCGAUGGCCUUGACGAGGUGGAGGAUGACGAAGACUACGAUUCCGAUGAGGAGGCUGCUGCUCUGAGAUGGAAAGACGACUUGACUGAGCGGGCAAGAAUACUCAACAAUAGGCGGCGUUCAUACCACACAGGCGACCUGGCGAGACUCAUGUACGACACGUCAUUGAGCGCGGAAGAGGCGCUUAAGCGAUGGCGCGGCGACCAUGGCGAGUCAGAAGAGGAAGACAUUGAAAAGGACUCGGACGACGAGGACUUCUUCAAGAAGGCGGCACAGGAAAAGGAGGAUAUGAUCGAGGACAGGUCAAUACCCCUCUACGACUACGAGGACCUGGCCGCGAAGUGGGCCGAGAGGGACACCGUCGACAAGCUGCGCAAGAGAUUCACGACUGCUUCACUGGGCAGGGAUGAUGAGGACGGCGACGACGAUGAAGGCGACGAUGACGGAGACGACGAGAGCGACGAAGGCGACGGUGUCUUUGAGGAUCUGGAGGCUGCCGACACCGAGGCCCCCGCGCAACCAUCGGCGGAGGACAUCGCCGCAGAGCGCGAAAAGAACGCCAAGAGGAAAGAGGAGCUCAAGAUGCGCUUCGAGGAGGAGGACCGCGAAGGUUUCCUCAACGACAAGGCCAAUGCCCGGCGCGAAGGCGGCGACAUCCAAGAGUUUGGCGAGGACGAGUGGUACGAUGCGCAAAAGGCCAUGAUCCAGAAGCAGCUCGACAUCAACAAGGAAGAGUUUGAGACGCUGGACGAGCGGCAACGGGCGGCCGUCGAGGGAUACCGGGCAGGCAAAUACGCCAAGAUUGUCCUCGAGAACGUGCCGGCCGAGUUCGUCACCAAGUUCAACGCCAGAUUGCCCAUCAUCGUGGGGGGCCUGACUCCGACCGAGGACCGAUGGGGCUUCGUGCAGGUACGCAUCAAGCGGCAUCGAUGGCACAAGAAGAUCCUCAAGACCAACGACCCCCUCAUCUUCUCCCUGGGCUGGAGGCGGUUCCAGACCCUGCCCAUCUACAGCAUCUCGGACUCGCGGACGCGAAACCGCAUGCUCAAGUACACGCCCGAGCACAUGCACUGCUUCGGUACCGUCUACGCGCCGCUCAUUGCGCCCAACACUGGCUUUGUCUGCUUCAACAGCUUCUCCCCCGAGACCCCAGGCUUCAGGAUAGCUGCGACGGGCACGGUGCUCAGCGUGGACGAGUCGACCGAGAUUGUCAAGAAGCUCAAGCUCACGGGCGUGCCGUACAAGAUCUUCAAGAACACGGCCUUUAUCAAGGACAUGUUCAACUCGUCGCUGGAGAUUGCCAAGUUUGAGGGCGCGUCCAUCAAGACGGUGUCCGGCGUGCGUGGUCAGAUCAAGCGCGCGCUGUCGAAACCCGAGGGCCACUUCCGCGCGACGUUUGAGGACAAGAUCCUGCUCAGCGACAUUGUCUUCCUGCGGGCGUGGUACCCCAUCAAGCCGCAUCGGUUCUACAACCCGGCGUCCAACCUGGUCGGGUGGCAGCCGAUGCGCCUCACGGGCGAGGUGCGGCGGGACGAGGGCGUGGCGACGCCGCAGCUCAAGAACAGCCAGUACCGCAAGAUCGAGCGCGAGAACCGGCACUUCAACCCGCUGCGGGUGCCGCGGGCGCUGGCGGCGGAGCUGCCGUACAAGUCGCAGAUUGUGCAGACCAAGAAGCAGAAGCGCGAGACGUACAUGCAGAAGCGGGCGGUGGUGCUGGCGCCGGGGUCCGAGGAGAAGAAGGCGCGGGCGCUGAUGCAGCAGCUGCUGACGGUGCGCAACGACGCGGCGGCGAAGCGGCGGGCCAAGAAGGACGAGAACCGCGCCGCCUUCAAGAAGAAGAUGGCGGACAACCUGGAGAAGAAGGAGGCGCGGGAGAAGCGCGAGAGCAAGGAGUUUUGGCGCAAGAACGGGCGCAAGAGGGGCGCGGGCGAGGAGGGCGGCGGCGGCGGCAAGAGGCGGAAGUAG